AUGUAUUUCUACCUGUUUGUGCUACCGUGCUUGUUACUUGCACUACAACAUUCCUUUCUUCCAACUGUUUUUGGAGUACAGGUAAUGUACGAACAUUUCCGCCAAAUAAAUGGCACCGAUCUGCUCGACGCGAGUUCUGUGAGGAUUAGGAAAUUAAAUCGUACCACUUCCGCCAUGAAUGGAACGUUUAUCCUCAAGGAACCUCUGGACAACAGCUACAAGAUUGGUAUAAGCGUGUACUACAGCCGGCUGGGGAACAACCAAUUCAUCCACUAUCCGAUGAAGGUGCCUUCGAUAGGAGUUUGUGAUUUUUUCAGUGAGAUUUAUCCUACGUACUACCCGUACCUGAAGGAAGGAGUUGUUAAUUUUCCACCCACAACAGAGUGUCCACUGACUCCGAAGGUUGUAUAUAUCCGUGACUAUGUGGUCUCGCCAUUUCUUGUUCCUCCAUUCGUUCCCAAAGGAUUGUGGCGUGUUAGGCUUACGCUGACACACAACGAGGAAGCCGUUGUCAUUACCGACACCAUGAGUAAAUUGUAUUCAGAUCUUGAUUGGUAA